CUGAAGGCUAAAAUUAUCCAGCAGAUCUGAGGUCAGAUUUCAGCUGCAGAGACACAGUAUGGAGGACCGCUGCUGUACUGCUGCAAGGAUGGUCAGCGGGGGGGCGGACCUGCAGCUCAGAGAUCAGAGGUCGUCCUACCUGUCCACCUGUGUGCUGUGACAUCAUGGCGGGCGUGGCGGCGUGCGGCUCGGUGAGCUCCAUCAAAGCUCUGUGGGAGACGAGGAUCAGGAGGAACCAGGAGGAGCAGGAGGAGCAGAGGAGGAGGACGGUGGGGGGCGGGGCCACAUGCAGAUUCGGUGUCGGUGUUUGGGAGGACCGGGCGGCUUUGGCUCGACUGAAGCAGAAACUGCAGACUGAAGAUGGACGACUGAUCCUGCGAAUUGAACAGGAGGAGUGGAAGUCUCUGCCCGGCUGUCUGGUCCAGCUCAGUCAGGUCCAGGAGUGGCAGAUCCACCGGACCGGCCUGCUGAAAAUUCCCCAUUUUAUCUCCAGCUUCCAGAACCUGCUGGUCCUCGAUCUGUCCCGGAACGGAGUCACUGAGAUUCCAAAACAGAUUGGGAAGCUGACCCGUCUUAGAGAGCUACUGCUGAGCUACAACAGGAUCCAGUUUGUCCCUGAAGAGCUGAGCGGCUGUGAGAGUCUGGAAAGACUUGAGCUGGCCAUGAACCGGGACCUGAGCGAGCUACCUGACCAGCUGACGACGCUGACGAAGCUGCAUCACCUCGAUCUGUCCAUGAACAACUUCAGCGUCUUCCCGGACUGCGUGGUCGCUCUGCCAGCGCUCGAGUGGCUCGACAUGGGAGGAAACUGCCUCCAGCAUUUACCUGAAGAUAUACACAGAAUGCAGAAGCUGCACACUCUGUGGCUGCAGAGGAAUGAGCUGGAGAGACUUCCAGAAAACAUCACCAGGAUGUACAGUUUGGACACGCUGGUCCUCAGCAGCAACCAGCUCCGAGACAUCCCCCCUCUGAUGGAGGGCAUGUCCAAGCUCAGGUUUGUGAAUUUCCGGGACAACCCUCUGACCCUGGACGUGACACUACCGUCCAGGACGGUAGAGGACGAUGAGGAUGACAGGGAGAUGUUUGGACGAGAGUUCAUGCAGAUGUACAUCCAGGAGUCCAGAAAGAGAGCGUACGCCAUCCUCAACAUGCACUGUGUCAACCAGACGAAUGACGAGUCGUCAGAUUAGCAGAUCCGUUGUUUCUUCAUCAGCUUCACCUGGAACAUCUCUGAUGGAAACUGAUGAUGUUUGUUCAGCUCCUGUUUGUUUCUUCGGCUUUAUUUAAGGUUUUUCAGCUGUGAACUAAUUUUUAGUGAACUGGGUCAGAACCAGAACUGUUUGUAUGAAGUUAACUUUAGAAUAAAUGCAGAAACGGGUAACUGAAAAGGCUUUAAUACAAAUUUUACAAAACACUUGAACACAUUCAGUCUGAUUUAGAUUUUCAUUUAAGUAAAACAAUAAAGAGAUUUUUUUUAGAAACACAA